UUGGGGUUGUUGAAGUUGAUAACGCCGCCAUCUUGAAAAGUGAACUCUGAUGGUCUCUCUUUUCGCGCCUGUCACAAUCUGUUAUAAACACCUCAUUCUAUAAUACCUCGCCCCAUUUUUCUUUUUUAUUCCGGUAACCGUUUUAUCCAAAGGUUCGCCAGUCUUCAUGCCGGGCUUUGGCAGGAUUCCGCUUUCUUAAUCGGUGUGUGUUGAGCGUUUUUGCUGUGGCAGUGGUCAUUUCUGCUGCAUGUGUCCUUUAUUUAAGGGUCUGUCCAGUUUCUACCGCCUGUGGUGCCUGUAAUGGGCCAGAAGUCCCAAAGAGCACAAGCAUUAUUUUAUUUUUAAUCAGAGUUUUUACCCUCUGGUCUCUGCUUCACUCAGCAGCACCAUGUUUUGGAAGUUUGAUCUGCACACGACGUCCCACAUUGACACGCUCCUGGAGAAGGAAGACGUUACGCUGACAGAGGUGAUGGACGAAGAAGACGUCUUACAGGAGUGCAAGGCUCAGAACCACAAACUUGUGGACUUCCUGGUGAGGCCGCAGUGCAUGGAGGAUCUCGUGGGCUACAUCACUCAGGAGCCCAACGGCGAUGUGGAGGAGAAGAUCAAAUACAAGUAUCCCAACAUAUCCUGUGAACUCCUGACCUCAGAUGUUAGCCAGAUCAACGACAGGCUGGGUGAAGAUGAAAGUUUACUGAUGAAACUCUAUAGCUUCCUACAGAACGAGCCUCCCCUCAAUCCUCUGCUGGCCAGUUUCUUUAGCAAGGUCUUGAGCAUCCUGAUUGGGAGGAAACCAGAGCAGAUUGUGGAGUUCCUUCGGAAGAGGGAAGACUUUGUGGAUCUGAUGAUUAAACACAUAGGGACCUCAGCUAUUAUGGAUCUCCUGCUUAGGAUGCUCACCUGCAUUGAGCCGCAGCAGCUUAGACAAGAUGUAUUAAAUUGGCUAAAUGAAGAGAAAGUUAUACAGCAGCUGGUUGAUAUGGUACAGCCGUCACAAGAUGAAGACAGACACUCAAACGCGUCCCAGUCACUCUGUGAGAUCAUUCGGCUGAGCAGAGAUCAAAUGUUCCAGGUGCAGGGCUGCUCAGAGCCUGACCCUCUGCUGGCCACACUGGAGAAACAAGAGACAGUAGAGCAGUUGCUGUCAAACAUCUUUGACAAAGAGAAGAAUGAUUCUGCCAUAGUCAGUGUGAUCCAGAUACUUCUAACCCUCUUUGAGACACGGAGACCAGCAUUUGAAGGUCAUCUGGAGAUUUGCCCCCCUGGAAUGAACCAUCCUUCAUUCUCUGUCAAUCAGAGUAUUCUAGAUGCAGUCAGACCCAGGCUGAAAGAUUUUCACCAGCUUUUGCUUGAGCCCCCAAAGAAAACUGUUUUGAAUACCACGUGGGGAGUGUUGGAUCCACCAGUGGGAAAUACUCGUCUAAAUGUGGUGCGACUAGUGACCAGCCUUCUACAGACCAACACGCAUAUCAUUAACCAGGAGCUCAUUGCCCUCAACACAUUGGGAGUCAUACUAGACAUGUACUUUAAAUACUUAUGGAAUAACUUCCUGCACACGCAAGUAGAAAUCUGUACGGCGAUGAUCUUAGCGAUGCCUUCAACCCAAAGUGAAUCUCCUGAAAUCAACAGAGAAAACGACCAAGAACCAAUAAGAGAAAACAUCCUUAUCAAACAUCUCUUUCAGAAGUGCCAGUUAAUACAAAGAAUUCUUGAUGCCUGGGGAUCAAAUGAGAAGGAGCAGGCUGAGGGUGGGCGGCGGAGAGGUUACAUGGGUCACCUGACCAGAAUAGCAAACUCUAUAGUCCACAACAGUGACAAGGGCCCCAAUGGGGCACAAAUUCAGCAGCUCAUCUCAGAGCUUCCAGAGGAGGAUAGGGAACGAUGGGAAGCCUUUACGUCGGGACAGCUAGCAGAUACAAACAAGAAAAACACUGUAGACUUAGUUAACACACACCACAUACACUCAUCCAGCGACGAUGAGGUAGAUUUCAAAGACAGCGGGUUUCAUCAGGACUCCUCCCUACAGCAAGCCUUUUCUGAUUAUCAGAUGCAACAAAUGACGUCCAAUUUUAUUGAGCAGUUUGGCUUCAAUGACGAAGAGUUUGCCGAUCAGGAUGAUGUCGGGGAUAUUCCUUUUGAUAGAAUAUCAGACAUCAAUUUUUCCUUGAAUACAAAUGAAAGUGCAAACAUGGCACUCUUUGAGGCCUGCUGUAAGGAGAAGAUCCAGCAGUUCGAAGACGCCGGAUCAGAUGAGGAAGAUAUCUGGGACGAGAAGGACGUCACUUUUGCUCCAGAAGCACAGAGACGUACCAGGAGCUCAGGAAGUACAGAUAGCGAGGAGAGUACAGACUCUGAGGAGGAGGAUGGAAAGCGAGACCCAUUUGAUUCCGCCAAUGCCACCUCUGAUGACAGAAUGGAAGUGGACUCCGGGGAUGGACCGGUAUGGACGGCUAAUUUUGAUGACGUACCUAUGGACACGGGCAGCUCCACAGCUCCCAGCGCACCCGUGUCCACCUCACCGGCUACAGUGCCUGAACCUGCAGGUUGGAACUCUCCAAACGCAGCUGCAGAUGCAGAGUCGAGUUGGGCCGACUUCUCUAGCUUCACACCUGUCAGCCCCAAGGAUCCUUUGAGGAGCAAUUCCCCGGUAGCCAUGGAGACCAGCAUAGAAACGGUGGACCCUCUGGGUGUCAACGCGCCCAUGCAGCAAGAAAACACAGAUCAGUGGCUUUCCAAUGAGAGUACCCCAACAUCCCCCAGAGGGAAGGUAGGGGAUGGCUCGGACCCCGAGGAAGAGCCUGUCAGUGACCGCAUCACAGAAACGGUCACCAACGGCUCCAUGAAGGAGACGGUCAGCCUUACUGUAGACGCCAAAACUGAAACUGCUGUUUUCAAGAGAGUGUUGAAAUCGUAUCGCGAGGAAGAGAAACGAUCUACCUCUGAAGACGCAUCUGCAAAGUUGUUUGCAGAGAGUGGGGAAGUGGAGAAAAGCAAUUGUCCUCCUAGCAACUGUCAGAAACCAGGUCUAAAGCACUUAGAAGAGAAAGCAAAAUCCACUUGCAAAGCUCAAAAUGGUCCCCUUGAGGAUGCGGCCGCUAUGGACGAAGCCAAAUCAGAGCAGCGCACGGCCAACCCUGAGGCAGCAGUGAACGGUCCGGCAUGAUGAGAGCAGCGCUGUCUGUCAGCUCCUGCCACGCACACCCCUCCUCCAGGACCACCCGGAGAGGCCUGUGCCAGACUGGAGCCCCCCAGAAACAACCACCACCACCACCACCACCAUCAUCAUCACCACCGCUGCUGCUGCUGCUGUCUCUUACUCCAGCACUGCACUGACGCCACCAGAUCAGGACCAGCAAUAUUCAUAUUAGACAGUUGUACAGAAAAUUUGAACUGUUAUGAAGAGAAACAUACUCUAAUGAAUUUUUUUUUUUUUUUUUGCAUUCGUUUAUAUACUAUUGUUCUUAUGAGGUGAUCUGUCUGACAUCUUGCCACUUAAAAGUGAAUAGUAAUGUUGCUAUAGUUAAAAAUGAUUGUAUGAAUAAAAAAAUAUUUUAUAAAAGACAAAUGUAUACAGAAACAGAGGAUUGAUAAAAACUGAAAUAUACCGAUUGGAACGUUAAUGUGUGACCAAAACAUAAGCUGUCUUUUUGAUAGGAUUUUCCUCUUGCACACAAAUCUGCUAUUUAAUUUCCAAGUAAAAGCAACAGCUACCACAGAAAUCUUAAAUUGGCAACUUAUGUCGGUCUGUUUUAUUUUUAAGCUUGUCGUUAGGAGAGAUCUUCAGAAAUGAUGCUUUAUUUUGCCACUGGUGUUAUUUGUAAAUGUUUCUUGUAUCCUUUCAACACGAGCGAAAUUUGGACAAAAACACUUUUUGGUAUAGUUUUUAACUUAAUUUAUUCUCAAAGAGAUGGUAUGUUACGUAGACCCCUCCCCCUCCUUGAUGAAAUUCAGAUCUGCAGUGAAUGGACAGAUGGGUCUCCAUUUGCAUGUAGCUAGUAAGAGUGAGUCUUACCUACGGGCCUGCGUUCAGUACAGCCCAACUUUUAUAACUGUUAUCCUCUCCAAACAAGUCAACCUUUCUACCUGAAGAGUGAUGGGAAUGCAACAUAUUCCUGGUAAUGCUACAAUGAUCAUGCAUCGACUUUUUUUUUUUUUGUAAUAAAAACGCUAUCUGUGCCAGCAAGAAGGAAAUG